AUGGAAAUCUCGCCGGAACUCUUUGUCACCCUCCCAAACAGAGUACGCAUCUGUUACCAGACUUUUGGUAAUCCCUCGGACCCGGCUGUCAUUCUCGUCCCGGGCAACGCGGGCUCUAUGCUCGAAUGGCCCGAAACCAUGAUUGAGCAGCUCAACUCGGCUGGCGGUGGCAAGAACCGCUUCUUCAUUCGCUAUGAUCCGCGCGAUACUGGCCUCUCAACCGAGUUCCCCGUACCUGGCGGCUACUCCAUCGGUGAUAUGUCGACGGACGUUGAGGGCCUAGCUGACCACCUCGGGCUUAGCGCACCUUCAAAAGGCUUUCACCUCGUUGGCGUGAGUAAGGGAGGUCCCGUCGCAUACAUCGUCGCCGCACGCAGACCUCAACAAGUCCGGAGCCUUGCACUGUUGUUGACAUCCCCCGGCGUGAGCCCCGAGCUACCCAUGAAGGAAGGGCUUGAUCUAGGUUUUCAGCCCAUUCUUGCGGGUUCCGGAAAUGAGAGAGAGAUGAACAUUAAGUAUAAUAUGCAGCUAUAUGACGCCCUCAUCACGGAACCCGACGAAGAAGGGCGAAAAGAGUUUGAGGCCUUGACGCGGCGAAUCGUAGAGCGGGAGGCCAAGAGCGGUACCUUGUACAGUAAAGGGCCUAAUCAUGGCAUGGCAUCGCAUGAAGGAGAAGGUUGGCCAGGAGUAGAGACGCUCAAGAAGGUAAAGAGUCCAACCGUGGUCGUUCAGGGAGCGAAGGACCCGAUUUUUGGAGAGAUUCAUGGAGAGGCACUGGCGCGAGCGAUACCAGGCGCCGAAUAUGUCUUGUGGGAGAACGUCGGUCACGAGUUGCCAAGACGCAUCUGGGGACAAUUAGCUGAGAUGCUUCAGCAAUUAUGGGCCAAGGGUGAAAGCGACCAGUGA